GAGACAAACAAACGUGGAUCUCAGCAGCGAGGGUGAGCGCGUGUCAGGCGAUGAUGAAAUCAUGAAAUGAAAUAGAAAAAGAGAUAGGGAAGAGAGAGAGAGAGAAAGCUAGCAGAGAAAGAAAAAGAAAGAGAGUCGACAGAGAGAAGCAACAAUCAAACAUUACUCAACAAUCUCUCUGAUCUGACUAUUCAGAUAUAGUAACCCAAGUGCUGUAGAGCUAUUGAAAUGAGGAACCCGAUAGCAUCAUCAUCAACGAACAAGAAGAAGAGCAGUACUACAACUGGUAAUGAAAAUGGCACGACUGUUACUACUACUCCGUGCUGCAGCAAAGUUGGGUUGAAGAGAGGGCCAUGGACACCGGAGGAAGACGAGGUGUUGGCCAGUUUCAUAAGGAAAGAAGGCGAAGGUCGCUGGAGAACGCUUCCAAAAAGAGCCGGCCUCCUCCGCUGCGGUAAGAGCUGCCGCCUCCGCUGGAUGAACUACCUCCGCCCCUCUGUCAAACGCGGCCAGAUCGCCCCCGACGAAGAAGAUCUCAUCCUCCGCCUUCACCGCCUCCUCGGCAACCGGUGGUCUUUGAUAGCGGGAAGAAUUCCGGGAAGAACUGAUAAUGAGAUAAAGAACUUCUGGAACACCCAUCUCAGCAAGAAGCUUAUCAGCCAAGGGAUUGAUCCAAGAACCCACAAGCCUCUCAACCCAGAACUAUCUAUUCCCUCUUCUUCCACUACUCCACCACCACCACCACCUUCCAAGCCUCUUCCUGUGAUCACAAAUCACCAAACACUUCAUGAAACUACUACUCAUCAUCAUCUCAAUAUUGCUAGUGUCAACCAAGAAUGUGAUGAGGGUCAAUAUCAAUAUCAACAACCUCAAGCAGUAGCUGCUGCUGCAUAUAUGGUAGCUAAUGAUAUUCCUGAUGAUGAUGUUCCUUCCAUGGGUCAUCUACUUGCCAACAACAACAACAACCAGGACUACAAUGAUAUCAAUUAUUGUUCUGAUGAUAUCUUUUCUUCCUUCCUCAAUUCUCUGAUCAAUGAGGAUGCUUUCUCUGCCCAGCGCCACCUGCAAUCGGAGCAUCAUGAUGACCUUGCACAGGAUCCUGUAACUUCAUCAACACCACAAGGUUAUAAUGGCAUUGGUGUUGCAUGGGAAUUGCCCCUCAUGCCUGCUAAUUUCAGCCAAAAUGAACACAGCCAUGAGGUUGAUGAUCAUCACAAAUAGCAAGCAUAUAUAUCUAGUGCAUGUUGAUUAAUUGCAGUUGGUAAUUAAAUGCUUCAUCAGAUCCAUAUAGAUACAUACCAAGACUACUGGGAUUUAAAUAUGUAUU